AACUUCAUAACGUCACACGGCAGGCAGGCUGAAGACUCCAGAUGUCUGUCCUGCUCCUCCCCGGGGCUAACCAGAGCUGGCCAAAAGGCAAACUAAGUUCUGUGUUCCACACUCUUGACCCCAGGCAAGUCUUCCUCUGGCCUUUGUCUACACUAGCUUAGUUUCCAGGGACAUUUUUCUCACACUUGGUUCACACUAGUCCCCUCCUCUGCUUGUAAUGCUUGAGGGUAGUGACAAGUACUCAGCUCCCCAUCCCUGAUGGCUUCCUGUGUGUCAGCCCAGUGUUAGUACAUCAGCAGGUAUCUGAGACCAAUGCAUCUGGAUCCAUGCCUUCUGCUUCCCUCUAGAACCCUGCCUUUCCCUGGCCCAUGUCUCUCCCCAAAUCCAAGGAUGGACGCUGAAAGACCCCAGGAAGAAGAUGAUGAUGAGCGGCAGGGUACCCAGAAAAAUGAUCAGGGCUGGCCCCCUGUGAAUUCCACUACUCGGCCUUGGCGAUCUGCUCCUCCCUCCCCUCCUCCUGGAACCCGCCACACAGCCCUGGGGCCCCGUUCGGGCUCCCUGCUCUCCCUGCAGACAGAGCUUCUUCUGGACCUGGUGGCUGAGGCCCAGUCCCGCCGCCUAGAGGAACAGAGGGCCACCUUCCACACCCCCAAGGUCCCCACGAACCUAGCCCCAACCCCACCCCGGCUUCUUGAGGACAAAGAACAGCUCUACAGCACCAUACUUAGUCACCAGUGCCAGCGGAUGGAAGCCCAGCGGUCAGAGCCGCCCCUGCCCCCCGGGGGACAGGAGCUCCUGGAGUUGCUGCUGAGAGUUCAGGGUGGAGGGCGAAUGGAGGAGCAAAGAUCCCGGCCCCCUACACACACCUGCUGAGACCUGAGCUCCCAACCAGCCCUUUCUCUUUGGGACUCAAAGCUGGGCCACCCCACCCCCCCCACACACCGCAAGCCUUCAACACUGUGUGGCAGGGGUGCCAGAGACUGAAGACCCAUUUUCCCAGGGAACUGGACUUGGGGCAAGUACUCUAACCUUGAAAAUGAGCAAGGUGGGGUGGGCAGUUUCAGAGUCUAUCCUAAGCUGUCAAGCUACUAAACAGAGUGUGAGGACUGAGACCCUGCCCCUUCCUGCCUAGUAAGAUAAAAGGAAAAGAUUAAGCCCUAGCACCCCCAAGCUCCAAGGCCGAGGGGCCCAGAGGCUGUGAAGCGAACUUUAGCCCCACCCACACACCCUGCUGCUGAAUCUAUCUGAUGUUUUGGUUGUGUUAAUAAACUUAAUUCCCCUCUGGA